AUGAUUUCUUUAAUUAAUUUCAAUCCUGCUGAUAGGUAUUGUUAUAUAGAUAGUCCUCGUUCAAUUUAAGUAAUGAGAUAAAGAGGGAUUGCAUAAAAUGAGUUAUUGUGCAUAAAUAAAGAUUAAUUAUAAGCAAUGAUGAAAAAGGAGAAAACAUUAACAAAUGAGAAUUUAGAUGAUUUUCAUAAACAUUUUGAAUAUCGUAGAUAAUAAAAAGUUUAUACAUUAAUAAGAGAUAGAGAAGCUUUGAUAGAGAAAGAAAAAAGAAGUAAGAUUGAAUAAAGUACAUGCAGUAUGAAACUGUUAAGACCAGCAAGUAGUACAACUGCAUCAAAAUUUAUGGAUCAAGUAUAAAAGCGUAAAUAAAUGGAGGAACUAAGAUAGAGACAUUUAUAAGAGAUGAUGUUAAAAAGAGAAGAAUAGACAUAAAUAAGAGAAGAGAAGUUGGCGUUAUAUGAAGAAAAAAGGAAAAGAAUUUAAGAAGAAAGGUAAAGAGAUUUUGAAGAAAAAUAAGAAAAUAUUGCUAAAUAGAAAAGAUUUAAGGAAUUAGAAGAAUAAAGAAAAAAUAAAUAGUUAUAGCAAGUUUAUUUUGAAAGAGAAUAAGAGAGAAAGAUAUAAUUAGAGUUUGAAGAAUAAUAAAGAAAAGAAGAAGCAGCUAAAAGAGAAUAAUAUUAAAGAGAUUAUAAAGUAUAGUUAGAAAGAGAAAAGAGAAAAAAAGAUAAAUAGAAGGAAUUAGAGUAUUUAAUGAGAAAAUAAGAAGAAGAAGAUUAAGAACUAAAAAGAUAGAUGUUUUUUAGAUAAUAGUAAGAAUCAAAGAAAGAAGUUGCUUAAAGAAGAGCUUAAUCAGCUAAAGAAAGAUAAAAAGAAGCUUAAAGAACUUAAAUUUAAGGAUUGAAGAAAUUAAGAGAAGAUUUUUAAAAGAAGGAAGAGAAAAUAGCUGAAAAAUAAUAUAAAUUUUAAGAAUAAUAAAAAGAAAGAUAAUUAUCAAUUGAAGAGAAAAAUAGAAUUAAAAAUUAAAAAAUUAAGAAUACUGCUAAAUAAAAGGAGUAUGAUUAAGAAGAAAUAAGAAGAGAAUUUAUUGAAAAGGAAAUGGAUAUAUAAAUAAGAUUAUAAUAGAGAAGUUAAUCAAAGUCUAAAGAUUAAUUAAUGUAAGAAGAAGCAGAAAGGAGAGCUAAACAUAGAGAAAAAGUUAAGAAAAUGAAUAUGUUGUAAUUAGAAGAAAAAAGAAAUAUAUAUUUAAAAAAAAUAGAUGAAUAAGAUGAAAAAGUAAUUUUUAAUUUUAUUUAUAUAGAUUGAAAGAGUAAAAAAUGAAUAGGAAACUAUGUUACAAUAAUAAGCAUAUAUGAAAUUGAAAAAAAGACUCGAUUAAUAAGAAGCUAUUAAACAUUAAAAAUAGUUGGAAGAAUAUAAAAGAGAACAAAUUAGAGAAAAAUUAAGAUAGGUAGAUAUGAGGAUGGAAUAAAAGAAGGAAGAAUAAAGAGAAUUAGAUAGAUUGAGAGAAUAAGCAAAUAGAGUGGAGAUGAUGGGAAAAAAAUAAUGA